CCACCUCUCUCACAUCCACGCACGCACGCACGCCCGCACGCUUAUCCAGAACCACUGUUGCUUAGUUGAUUAUCUAUAUAUACACUCUCCGCACUCAAUGUCUUCCAAACUCUGCGCAUCCUGCUCCUGAGGAAGCCAGGUUGUGUGGUACACAGGCACACGUCGGAGACUCGAUGCCAGCCACAUCAGCGCGUAAGAAUAAGCUGCCUGGAGCUACGACAGCCUCAGACUCAACUCCCCCUUCGACUACAAAUAUUGGAUUAAGUGCUGCGCAGUUGGCGCCAGGUCAAGAGAAUAAGCUUGUCCGAUUGCAUAUCACGCCAUUCACUCCCACCCUCCUCAAAGCCUAUCUUGCGCCCCCCGUUCUGCCUUUGGCAAAGAACGUCUCCUACCAUACCGUCGAAGUAUUUCCAGAGAAGGGAUUCGGAUAUCUAGAGCUACCCGCUAUGGAAGCUCAGAAGUUGAAGAAGAAGCUCAAUGGCUCGACGCUGAAAGGAUCCAAAGUCCGAAUUGAGGAUGCGAAGCCGGAGAAGCGCAAGGCUGCUGACGGCGCGGAGGAGGUAGGGGGAGAGGAAAUUCGAGCGGCGAAGCGUGCAAGGAAAGAGAAGAGAAAGAGGGAGCAGGGUGUGUUGGAAGGCGCGGAAUUGGAGGGUGGGAGAAAAGUCAAGAGAGGAUGGACGGAACCGCCGCUGAAAAGCAAGAAAGAGAAGAAGGAACAGAAGCCCUCCAAAUACACAAAGGAACCGGAAAUGCUGUUCAAGGCGAAGUUGAUACCUGUCGCGGCUACUGAGGUAGCUCGGAAGGAGAAGAAAGAGAAAAAGAAGGAUAAGAAGGAUAAGAAGAAGUCUAAAGAGGUCGUGGUGCACGAAUUCGAGAAAAGUACCAAGCAGCCUAGCUUUCUCAAGAGCGUCGCAGUAUCCACGAUGAAGAAGCCUGCGACCGAGUAUGUAGAUGGAAAGGGAUGGGUUGACGAAGACGGCAAUGUGGUGGAGCCUGAGACCGGAAAAGCAAGAAACAGAAGAGUACUAGAGCUAGUAGACGCACCUCCAAAGGAAGAGGUUUCAAGGGCUAGCAAAUCUCCACGGCCUACCACGGAAAAGAAGCCUUCAGCGACACCCGAUCCUGAACCAUCAACAGCCAAAUCAAAGGCGCAAAAGAUCGUCAAGACGAAGAAGCCAACGCCUCUGCUAUCUUCUUCUGAACCCGAUUCAGACGUCCAAGAAUCUUCUGAUGUCUCCUCACCCUCCGAUGAUGACGUAUCCUCCGCAGAAUCCUCCGCCUCCUCCCCUGCUCUGGCUCCCGAUGUACCCUCCAUGACCGUCAUACCAUCAUCCCCCGAAGACAAGAAAGAAAUCCACCCCCUCGAAGCCCUCUUCAAGCGACCUAGACUAAGUCCCCCGUCCACCUCUGGCUCAAACCUUACUGCAACUCCAGCCAAAGGCCUCGCACCCAUCAACACCUCCUUCAGCUUCUUCGACAAAGACACUAUGAGUGUCGAUGGAGGUGGCCCUAAUAACCCACCAGUCACACCAUUCACUAAGCAAGAUUUAGAAUGGAGAGGUCUGCGAAGCGCAGCGCCGACACCAGACACCGCGGCUAUUGGCCGGCGAUUCUCCUUCCCGUGGCGAAAGGGUAGUCACGAAGUUGAUGAUGACGAGGAGGAUGAGGAUGAUGAUCUUGAGGCUGGAAAGCAGCUUAGCUCAAACACGAAGAUUAACGCUUCGAGUUCUCGCGUUCCAGACGCUAUUGCCGAAGAAGAAGAGGAUGAGGAUGAGGGUGCUAACUCGGACCAAGAGAAUGAGGAUGAAGAGAAUAGCGAUCCCGACGUCGACGCUAAUUCAACACUUCUUGGCAAGAAGAAAGGGGCCAAUGGAGUCGAAGGCGAGAAAGAGGAAAGCGAGUUCCAGAAAUGGUUCUGGGAGAACAGAGGCGAGAACAAUCGAGCAUGGAAGAAGAGAAGACGGGAGGGGUUGAAGUCGAAGAGGUUAAGGGAGAAUAGGAAGAUUACUGGGACACGGAGGGUUGGUUGAGCGCGGCUACUUUGGAGUUGGUGAGACAUGCGGUUUGGAGACGAAUGGAAUAAUGACUGUUGAAGAGACUGUGUAAUGUUGAUUUGGCG